AUCACCAGCAGAGAUCACAUACACAUACACAUACCCACAAGCAUCCAUCGCUGAUUGCAUGAGCGUUGCACAAGCAACCGGACCGGAUCGACCGAUCCCUUGCAGUCAGGUGGAGCGAUGCCUUGCUUGGCGCACCACUACCACCCCAAGCUCCCGGCCACUAACCACUGCAAGUCUCUCUCCUGCCUCAUCCGGGAGACCUACGCGCACUGCCAUGUCCCCUGCCUCAGGAUCCCCGGCGCCGGGUGGAGCUCCGACGAUGACACAGACGACGAGGACGCGCUCGACACCAAACAGGUGAUACUCAACGAGAUGAGGAGGCGGCAGCUGAAGAAGGAGUCGCGGUGCAGCGCGGGCUCUCCGACUCUGUCGAGCGCCUUCAUCUGGUCGUUCACCCCGCUCGAUCCGAGAAGCGUUCUGGAGAAGGUCUCGAGCCCUGAGCAGUUCGUCGUGGUGGAAGGGGAGCAGAAGGAAGAGGCGGAGGCGGGCAGCGACAACGGCGACGCCGAGAGCGAGGCGUUCUUCUCGGUGAAGAGCUUCUUCACGCGCAGCACGAGCCGGGCGGCGACCGUGGCGUCGUUGACGGACAUGGGCCCGCCGGCGACGUGGGAGGGCUUCCAGCACUGCGAGGGGUGGCCGUUCGGGCUGUGCCGCCGCCCCGCCGUGCCCCCGCUGCCCAGCACGCCGGCCGACUCCUGGAAAUGGCGCAAGCAGAGCAGUGGCCGCAACCUCGUCGUGAGCCCGCGCCCUGUGUACGGUCACAAGAUCACAGCGACUUAAGCGGCGCCGCCGUUGACAAACAAGAACCUUAAUACCCUGUUUGGAUUGGGUACACAUUUUGCGUGCUCUCGGGUAUUCAGUUCAAAUUUGAGCUGAAUACUGGGCGCACACAGAAAUCACGGUCAAUCCGAGUUGACCUCGUUGAGAUGGUUUGAGAGUGCUGUAGUGGCCUAGGGAAGAAUUUGCAAGUUAUCUCAAUAACUCACAUGCAUGUACUUUCAGA